AUGAAGUCGUUGUUCAGUAAUUUAACGAAACGUACCAAUUCCCAGUCCAACACACCUACCGACGAUCAGUCUCAAUCUCACAUUUCAUCGACGGGCGCACCACUCCUCCCACCCAUCUCAACCGGAGUAUUAUUUUUACCUACCUCCUCGACUCCUUCUGUACCUAUCCCUACAUCCACAUCCGAGAGAUGGGUCAGGCCCACUCUACCCAGCUAUGCCGUAUCUAGAGCAGUAGACGCCAAUGCGGAUCUACCAGAAUAUCAAGAUGCUGUUGCGGUCGGUCCUUCAUCGAACAAUGACGAUGGUAUUUUGAAUCGUGCAGCCGCAGAAUACUUUGGUACCUCAUCUAACAGCCAUACCGACGAGCCCUCUCGACUUACGUCAGCCUCGCCAACAGAAGAAUUCGCGUUAGACAUCUCGGAGGAUAAUGGACCAUCGUUGGAGGUCGAAGAAGAUGAUGAUGAUCCACUUAUACCUCGACGUAGGAUUUUAGAUUCCCACGAACACGGUCAAUCAUAUAGGAGAAAUACAUUCAGUGUCUUUGAGGCAUCACAUCAACGACCGACCGUCUCAUCCAACCUCAGUACCUCAUUAGAUAAUCGUAAUGGAUUUGUCGAUUUGCCCAUCCCUACAUCUGAACCUCCAAUCUAUUCACCUUCCCUAGGUCGCGAUGAACUACGAUUGAUCUCUACUGUACACUUAUCAGCUGAUCAUCCAGCUUCGGCAUAUUUCAAUGCUAUCGCUCAAUCUCCUCCUCCUCCUGCCGGGCCUUCGUCCUCUUCCAAUGUAGCUGGUGGAGACUCGGAUAUAAGUACAGGUGGAAAGAAGUUGAAAUUGACGUUGACGAGAGGAGGAAGAAGGAUGAAUGCCAAUGGGACUGGGCCGCUGUAUAUCAAAUUAGGCAGAGAAGAUUGGGUGGAAGGGAGGAUCGAGGUUGGAAAAGUGGAUAGAGCCGUUGGUUUGGAAGUUGCUAUCAUAGGAAUGAUAAAUGUCUCAUACUACGUCAGAGGUCAAUAUACCGUCUUGGAUACGUUACCAAUGGCGAGAAAUAAAAUACAACUAUUUCCGAAGACUUCAUCCUCGGACGAGACUUCUGCCAAUCGACAAGUCCAACCUCCUACGACUUCUUCGAAUGAUAACCAAUCGAAUCCAGAUACUCCAGGAUUAGAUGAUCCACCGGAACCCUCGACAUCAUCUUCAACGACGAACCUCCUUACCCCAUCUACCAAACCACUAUUUACCAAAGAUGGUUUACCGAUGAUACCGCCCAAUACGUCAUUUCGGUUCUCGCUUCAAAUGCCCACUUGUCAUUACAAAGAUACCAACUCGGAACUACCAUCGUCCUGCGAUCUGCAGCAAGUGGGUAUGCAGGCCAACGUCGAAUAUGUCUUAAGGGUCAAAUUGAUCAGGAAAGGGUUACGGUUCAACGAGACUAUAACCGUACCUAUCAUAUAUGAUCCCCGAGCGUACAUAACUCCUCGUCGAAUUCGAGCGCUCACCUCUGAUGAUCCUCUGAAUCCCGGAUGGCAUACAGUCGGAUUGAACGGUGGUAAACCCAAGAUCAAAACUAGUUUAAUUAUUCCAGCGGGAGCUGAGGGACCAGGUAUAGAAGUCAAUUUGUUGAUACCUUCACCACCUAUCUUAUUUCUACCUUCAUCCGGUCAACUUCCCUCAUUCCCCUUUCAUCUUCAUUUCCACUCCACCUUGCCUCAUGUACUGUCGACCUUUUCCAAUCCCCGGGAAAGCAAGUUUGUCAUUAGGUUAACCAGAGUAACGAUCUUUAGGAUCGGCAUUGAAAGGGAGAUUAGAAGGAUUGAGAUACCCACCAGGGCCGAGGUAUGGCAAGAAGGAGGAGAGAGGAUCAUGCUGGGUGUAGAAGGGAUGAUGAAUGAUGAAAACAACAGGAGAAGGGGAUCGACCGCAUCGACCGUAGAUCGAAGAGAUUCGAUAAGUAAUGAUACCGCUCACGGGCUAAGCUCAAGUGUGCCUACUUCAAGUAACAUGGUCGAAGGUGGACCUCUAAGAAGGUUCAGCUCUGCUGGAUCGACAACUACGACUGAUCAUGUGAAUACCAAUACGAGGAGGAAGUCUCUUUUGGGAGAUAGGAGGGGAUCACUCAGUGGAUUGAUGAAAAGAAGAGGAUCGAAUUCGAGUCAAACUCCUACCGGAACGUUGUCAUCAUCACCAAUCACGUCGAAUCUUCCACCUACAAUAGAUGAAGACCAGAUUCACCAUCCACAGAAUGACAAUGGUGAUAGUUCAAUCGGGAUGGUACCUGUCGAUAUGACAUCUACGGAAGUCCAUCUAAAAGGCUUAAUAUCACUCAGACCCUUUUCCAUUUCCAGUGCCUCAAGCGAUGAUAGGAGAGGAACAGAGUUGUUAAGGAAAUUAAUGGUUCAAUCGUUUAUCGUACCGGAGAUGACAUUGACGUACGUGUUGGAAAUUGGGAUUGAACCUAGAAGAGGAUCGGUGAAAGAGAAUUUCGGACAUGUCUGGGGUGGUGGUGUCAUUGAGGUUGUUUGGGGUAGGUAA